ACGCGGUUAUGUUCUUCCCCUUUAAGAUUUUCCUGGAAAAACAAGAAACGAACAAAAUCGCACCGACCUCAACUAGUAAAUAAGCUUACAAAAUCCAUCUGCUUAGAAAUUUGGAUUUAACAAUUUGAUUCUCUCAUCUGAUCCAAAACACACUUCAAUUUUCUGAAAGGAAAAUCAGAGGCUAAUUUUUCAUGGAAGGAGUUGGGGGCGGCGAUGCUGGCUCGGCGGUGGCGCCGUUGGCGAAGUGGAGGGACGAAUUGUCAAGGGCAUUUCAGUACUACUUGGACCGAUCGACCCCGAAUCCGGUUCACAGGUGGCUGGGGACUCUUGCCGUGGUGGCGGUUUAUGUGCUCCGAGUUUUCUAUGUUCAAGGGUUCUACAUUGUGUCAUACGGACUGGGAAUUUAUAUCUUGAAUCUGUUGAUUGGGUUUCUGUCACCAAAGGUCGAUCCGGAGCUCGAAGCGUUGGACGGGGCUUCGCUGCCAACCCGAGGUUCGGAUGAGUUUAAGCCGUUCAUUCGCCGCCUUCCCGAGUUCAAGUUCUGGUAUUCCAUUACAAAGGCUUUCUGUGUCGCUUUUCUGAUGACCUUCUUCUCUGUGUUUGAUGUCCCCGUUUUCUGGCCCAUUCUCCUCUUUUAUUGGGUCGUUCUUUUUACUCUUACAAUGAAGCGCCAGAUAAUGCACAUGAUUAAGUACAAAUAUGUACCGUUCAGCAUCGGAAAACAGAGGUAUACAGGGAAGAGACCUGAUGCUGCGAACUCAGACUGAAGAUUUGGUCGAAUCAGCGUUUAGGAAAAGUGAACGAAAGAAGUGCAGUGUUUGAAUGUUUUUAUUUUUUCUGAAAAGUACUUUACUUUUUAAUAUUCGCAAAAUUCAUAGAUUUGUUUGAAUUUUUUUCACUAUUAGGAUAAUUUGCUUACCAUUAGGACUUAAUGAGCAUUGAAAACUUGCAUAAAUUGAUAAUUCUCACUUGUCGUUAACCUGUUUGAUAUUUACCUGUACUUUCGUUCUUCUUCCGCUUUACUUGCUGCUGAAUUACUGAAUGCCAUGUUUUGAGUAUGUUAUUGUUAUGUCUUAAUUAAAUCGUGGUAUUAAGCAAGCGGGGCUGCAGGGUUAUGAUUACCAGGUGGACUUGGGGAGAGUCUUAGGGUUUGUGAGAUGCCAGAUAGAUGUCUAAAUCAUGCACCUAAUAGGUAUAACAACCCUCCACCAACUGAACAACGAAAUCACACACUGCAUUUGUUAUUUUAUUGCUUGACUUUUGUAUUAUCGAAACCCAUAAGCAAACAAUUCUUGUAAAUUAAAGCUUAGUGUUUUAUUUUAAUUACAUACUUAAUUAGGCAAUGGCCAGCUAAUAGUGUUCGUGGUCUCCUCUACUCUAUCCUCUCUCUUCUUUCUUCUUUCUCUUUGUGCAUUCCAUUCCUUCUCUUAAAACCCUCGAAUCGAAACAUAAUAUUCUGUCUCUCCAAUUAAACCGGGUUUUCUCUCUGCUCCACCCCCGACGGGCAACAAAUGAGUGGGAGAACUCAUGUUGUGAUAUUCUUCUUCUGGGCUGCUCUUACUGUCAUCACCCCCACACUUGUUUUUCUUUCAGAGACUUCCAAACCGUACUUGGAUUCAAAUGGUGAGGAAAUUGAAGGAACCAAGGGAAGAAGACUGAUUGGAAUCGUAGGAUAUGAAUCACAACGUCAACCACAAGUUCUGCCAACUACAGCAGCCCCUACAGCAUCACCAUCACUGGCGCAAGCUCCAGUUUCGGAACUAAAACCAGGUUUGAAGCAUGGAGAAACCAGUAUUGUAAAGGUCUUUAUAGAGUCAUUGAAAUUUGUGAUCAACAAUACUAAGUUCAAGUUAAAUUAAGUCGGAGUCAGAGUCGGAUUCUUAUAGGAUUUUAGGUUAGAUUGUUCUUCGUGCAUAAAAGCUACUUCAAAGACAAAGCUCGCACUUUUCGGUACGAGCCUCUCUGAUCAUCUUCGGAAGAAAAAUGUAAGUGUGACAUGUCAAUACAAGGAAGAGAACUGCACUGGUUUUCCUGUAAAAUGUAUGUUUAUUUUGUUUUCUAAACGUCGAGGGGGAAUGGAACCCUAGAUUAAGAGCUAGUUGGUCGUUUUUCCUGAUGUUAGUUGUACCGAAAAGUAAGGAAAAGCAUAAGCUGAGGGAACAUCAUAUGUGAGCGAAGACAUUGAAUAAUGGAAGUUUUCUUGUCAA